AUGAUACGAAAAUUUAUAUCUUGUUCUCCUUUAACUAACGAAAUUAUUAAAGAAUUCGAUUUUAUUACUGAUUCAUAACUCCAAAAUCAUAUCGAACUUUCUUUAAAAGGCUAUUCAAUUUAAAAAAAUUUAUCAUUUUAACAAAAAUAUGAUCGUCUUCACUCUCUAACUUCCCUAAUUGACUAAAACUUUGAAAAUUAUGCAAAAAUUAUUACAACAGAAACUGGAAAGCCAAUUACCUAAUCUAUAGCCGAAGUAUAAAAAUCGUCUGCCCAUUGCAAAUACAUAAUCGAAAAUCUUGAUAAGUUAUAUAAAUCAGAGCGAAUAAAAACAGAAGCUAAAAAAUCUAUGAUUUUAUAUUAACCAUUAGGCAUAAUACAUUAUAUACUCCCAUUUAAUUUCCCUUUCUGGUUUAUUUUCAAAGGUAUGAUUUCUGCUCUAUCAGCUGGCAAUUCAGCACUUGUCCGUGUUUCAGAUUCCACACCUUUAGUAGGCUUAGCUGUAUAAGAAUUGUUCCAAAAAGCAGGUUUCGAUCAUUUUGAAUAUUAAAACGUAUUCACAUCACCUUCUUAAUUAGAAUUAAUUUGCAAAAACAGGCAUAUAAAAGGUAUUGCGUUUACCGGAAGUACGAAAACAGGCUCUUAAAUAGCCUAAAUGGCCGGAAAAUACAUUAAAAAAUCAACCCUUGAACUCGGAGGGAAUGAUCCUUUUAUAGUUUGCGAAGAUGCAGAUAUAGAUCUAGCUGUUAAUUUAGCUAUUAAAAGCAGAUUAGCAAAUGCUGGACUAUAGAAGGUUAAAAUAGGAAAUCCUUUUUUAGCAGAAACUGAAUUAGGACCUCUUGCUAGAAUUGAUUUAUUAUAAAACUUGGAAGCUUAAAUUGAAAAAAGUGUGCAAUAAGGGGCAAAAAUCGCUUUUGGAGGAAAUAGGUGUCUCUAAGAUGUUUUUCCUAAAGGAAACUUUUUUUAACCUACUGUACUUGAAAAUAUUAAUAGUAAUAAUAUUGCAAAUUAAGAAGAAAUAUUUGGACCGGUUUUCUCUGUUUUUAAAGUCAAAAAUAUUGAAGAAGCUAUUUAGAUUGCUAAUGAUAGUCGAUAUGGGUUAGGGGCUUGUAUUGUGAGUAAAGAUUUAUAAAAAGCAGAAGAAAUUGCAAAAUAAAUAGAAACAGGUACUGUUUAUGUUAAUGAUUUUGUCAGAAGUGACUCUAGAUUGCCUAUUGGAGGAAUAAAAGAUAGUGGAUACGGGAGAGAAUGUGGAUAUCAUGGAGCUCUUGAAUUUACUAAUAUUAAAAGUAUGUGGAUUAAAUGA